UUAUGCAUUUCAGAAAUAAUCCGGAACCAUCAAACAAAAUAGCUGUUAUUGAUUUCAUAAACUAUCUAGUUUAACGUACUUUGCUUUAUAACACAUGAUCAUGAAAAUGAUAGGGUCAGGGUAUGUUAUUAGGAGGCAAUAGUAGUGGCUGAGAAAUGAGAGGGGAUAUAAUCACAACUUUUUUCGCGAACUUUUCUAACUUUUUAAAAAACAAGAUAUUUAAAUUGGCGUGCGGUGCGGAAUGUCAUCAUCGUUGUUGAAAUGACGUUCAGGACGUCCUACUCAAAACUAGGAAAUGGACGAGGAAAUGUUGCAAAAACACAAAUCGAUACAACUACCAAAUUGUUAGUCAAGGCACCCAUUCAUUGCCAGUAAUGCAAUCAUCGUACGAGACUUUGUAACAAGCUGAAAGCGACACCGCGGAAUAUUCAACCCGAAGUACAAGCGUGGGCGCGAACUAAAAUUGGAUAAUUUUAAAUCAACCUCUAAAAAUCCCAUCGUUGUCUUAGUGUUGUCUGCGCCGCCCGGGCCGAUCGAGGGCAGAGAGUUGAGUUCAGGUUCUCGGGAAUACUUCAGCUUCAGUCGUUCGUCAGCUCAGAGAAACAACAUCGCUGCAACUCCCACUUCUUUCGGGGUUUCUUUAUACAGUGAUCGAACAGUUGUCAACGAAACAGAAGUCAUGAAUUGGAAUUGUUUCAGUCUGUUGUGUUGGAUCUUCCUGCAGCUAUUGACUGAGUAUUCGUUUGUAAAAAGCGAGAUCCCAGCCUCAUUGCUGUAUGGACUGAAAGAUGUACACACGAUCGAGGAUCUCAUGAAAGUGGUAUACAUACGACCAAAUCAAGCCAAGGGAUUCACAGGAAGCUCAUCGGUUGAUAGACGAAUACCUCCGAAAGUGGUUCCGAUCAUCUCUCGGCAAUCUUCGGAAGAGUCCGAAGAGGAAACUGAUGGUGCAGCUACUACUGGAGCAAACAAACCGUCCGCGCUGCUGAGAUUCCAUGGAAUGGAUGGCCCAGCUAGUCUGCAAAUGGCAUCAAUAGCUGAAAUGCCGAGGUGUGAGCCGCGAUCGACACUCCUAGCCACAUCCGAGGUCAUUGACGAAGGACUAACUGAGAACGAGGUCGAGUACGCUAUCUACUGGCCUCCAUGUAUCACAGUUAACCGGUGCGGAGGUUGCUGCUCCACUGAAAUCUUGCAAUGUGCUCCAAAUAACACAAGAACAAGAGAAAUGCAGGUCUUACGCCUAACUGCUGAUCAACAAUCUACCCAAAUUCAGCUGAGCGGACUUAUUUCCAUCUCUGUACGGGAAGACGAAUCGUGUUCAUGCGAAUGUAGGAUCAAGCCACAGGACUGCCAUCCCACCAGAGAGAUUCAUAGAAACUGUCAGUGUGAAUGCGCUGCAGAGUAUGAGUGCCCUGACGGAAUGGUAUGGGAUGCUAUACGAUGUAACUGCGUCUGUAACAUGCCAAUACAUGAAAGGACGUGUAGAAGAAGAAAGCAUUAUUUCAAUGAGGAUAUCUGUGGAUGCCAAUGUUUAGAAAGACUCGAAGCAGGCUGCCGAUCUCCAUAUGUAUUUAAUCCACAAACAUGCAAAUGCCAGUCCAGAUCGAGAUCAAGAAGACAGCCAUUUUCACCGUCAUCAUCAUCAUCAUCAUCGUAUCCAUGAUCUAUAAGCCUCACAAAAGACAUUUCAUCAAUGAUUUGAAAUUGAAUGGAGUCGCAGAUCCCGAAGUUUAAAAAAGAGGGGCCCCCUACACGUCAUCUGGAUCGAGAACAAGGAUGACUCAGACAUGACUGUGUGUCCCAAACUCUUAUACGUUUUCAGUUCACCGCUAGUUUCAUCAUGUUCAUGGCGAAAACACUUCGUAAACUUGAAGAAAAUAUUCCGUAGGCGAAUACCAACUAACUCAAUUUUAUUAGUCGAGUUUUUUGUACAAGGGUCUAAAAGUAGGAAUAUACACCAAGCAUUACUCUUUAAAAAAAAGGUGUUUUUAUUCAAAAGAAAAACUUGAACACAACACAAUGUACAUAUUAGGUUGCAGAUAAAUACAGGCGCGGAUCUAGCCGGCGACAAGAGGGUGGCCCAAUUCGUGAAAAAUUAUUUAGCGGCGAAUUGGACAGCCGGUGAAUAAGCAGGGGGGUGUUUGCUAGGGGGCGUCGGGCCCCCAUUGUGGAUCCGCGCCUUGAUGAAUACAUAUAUAUACAUCGAAGAAAAAGUGCAUCAUACAAUAUAUCUGUACACCAAGCAUUACUUGUUGCUGAUAUACAGCUUUCACGAUUAUGUUACACUGUUCAACAAACUAAGACUUUUUUAAAGGAUAUGCCCAAAAUAGGAUGGAUUUGUUCAGCGUGCAGAAAUGUCAAAACUGAAAUGUAAAUUAUUUAUAACUAAAUAUUCAAUCGUCAUGAUCAUAGUGAAUGUGGUACUAGUAGGAAAUAUUAUAUUGUACUAUAUUGUGUAAAUUUUAUCAUGAUCAUUUCAUAUUUGUAGAAAUAUAUACCUCUGUAUCAUGUGUAUUAUAUUCAUCGACGUUACUUGAAUGAAUGAAAUAUGAUAAUAGUCUAGUGCGUCAUUUUUAUUUCGGCAAAUACCCUAUAGAAGAUUUUGUUUUUAUCUUGACCAAGAAUCCAGCGUCUAUCACAGUCACUGUAUAUAUUUGUAGGUUGUUGAUUAGUAUGCUGUUGGUCAGAACCACAUACUAAUUAUUGCUUUUAAAAUGUUUAACAAGUUUUUAGGAGACAUGGUGGCUCAGUGGUAGAGCAGUGACCUCGUAACAUGCAGGGAGGUCCCGCUUUCGAAAUCAAUCGAUAGGCAUUAAUCCUCAUUAAAAAGUCCUUCGGAGAAGACUUAACGCCGUCGGUCCCCUGGUCGCUAACCUACAAGCAUACACAUGCUUUAAUAAUGAUAAGUCCCCAUUGUUAUUUUUGAUGGAAUUACCCUCUGAUAGGUACCCUUUUGUACCUAUAUUUUCCACUGUCGCUUACAAAAUUAUGCUGCCCCUUUGAUGUCAUCUUAUAGCAACUUUAUGUAAUAACAGGAACCCUUUUUCUACCACUAUGAUGAAAGACGGUAUUAAAAGCCGGGAGGGGCAGGGGGCACAAUGCCCAACAUUUCAUAAGAAAGGACUUUUUUUAAAGAAAUACAACCGUGCUCGUUUUCAAAGCUAUUAAACGUCCUUUCUCUAGGUUAAGGUAAUCAACUGCUCUUCGUUCAAGAAUAAAUUAUAAAGAUUCAGACUAAUGUACGAGUUUUCAAACUCAAGGCAGCUGCGUUUACAUGAUCAUAAUUUAUGUCACUCACGACAAAAAGAAAAACUUGAAGAACAUCCCUCAUAAUGUAUCGAUUACAUUUUAGGGUAUUAUGUAAUAAUGUCUCAAAAUUGUACAUUUUCGCUUCGAGGUUACUCUUUGUAGAUGCCCUCUUUUCCAGAAAGCUCCCUUUUUGUUGGUACCAUUUAUUUGAAGACGCUCAACCUACCAUGCCCUGAUAAAAUUGAAUAAGAGAAAAAGCUUAAAGAUUAUCAUAUAUCGUAUGUGUAAUAACAGUGCUACAAAAUGUGAUGUUAAAAACUUCUUCGAUUCAAGGAUAUCAUUAUCAUUUAACUUCCACUUGCUAAUUUAUUUGUAUUAUAUUUAUUGUAAACACAUAUGUAUUCUGUAAAUUAUAAUCAAAUUUACCUGUAA